CAUUCCGCCCAGUUGAUCCGUUUGUAUGUGGGAAAGGCGUCCGAUGACGCCCUUUUUGAAGGUUCUUUUGCUGUACUUUGGGCUGGCCACCGCAGACGAGUUACUUCCAUUACACGGUGGCAAAGAUAGGGCCUGCAAAGGGAUUAGAAGCGGCACCCCAGGGCAGGUCCAGAAAUGGUCUGCCCACGACCUGAACGAAUGCAAGAGGAUUUGCACUGGAAAGUGCCAAGCCGUGCAGUGGGUUUCCAGCUCCCACCUUUGUGAGUUAUGGAAUGUGCCUGUGGUGCACAGCAUGUCGCAACAGGGGGCUGAGUGCUAUGCCAAAAGCUCUGAUGCCACCAAGAUCUCAGAUGCUUUGAUGCCCAAGGACACCACCUGCUUGUCGAUGACCUCCGCCUGUUCCUCCGCGGACGCACGGGUCGGUUGUCUGAUGAACAAAGACUCCGCAGGGCCAUGUGUCUGGUGCGGUGGUGCAGCUUGCAACGAUCAGAGCCAAGCCGUCUGCGAAUCCUUUGGAUUGUGGAAGGCAGGUGGUUCUAUGGCAGUCGUCAGGAGCGGCGCUGGAGUUGGUGAUACCGAAGUUGCUCAGUGUGAGGCUGGAAAGCCCGCAGUGGUGAAGGUGAAACAUGAAUCCUGGCAGGCAACGGCGCCCAGCCCAAAGGAGCUGGAGCUGUUGACGCCAGCAGAUGGAGGCUGCAGCAGUUUGACCAGCAAGGAGGAUUGCCUCAGCAGCAAGGACGCCAGUGUGGCCACCAAGAAACACUUCAAGGUUUCUGGUGAAGCGUGCGUGUGGUGCGGCGGCAUCGCAUGCACCUCCGAGGAUGAUGCGAAGUGUGGACCCUUUGACUAUGUGAUGCACGGAGAAGGGAUUGCCUUUGACCUCUUUCACGCGAAGCACGUGUACGAGGUUGCAGGGCGCUCCUCCUCUGUGAAGCGUGCGGAUUGGAAGGGUGACUGUCUGGAGAAAGCAUCCCAAGGGUGCCCUUCCCUGAAGGACGAGUACAGCUGUUUGGCCAGUGUGGAUGGCCGUAGCGAGGAUCCCUAUCACAAAGGUCUCAAGGUGGCUGGGGAGCCCUGCGUUUGGUGCAACGGCGCGGUGUGUCACAAUAAUGGCACCAACCGGUGCGAGGUUUACGACGUGCAAGUGCAUGGCAAGGGAAAGGUCUUCAACCACAGCCUUUCGACAGGCAUCACCGUGGCGCAAUGCGAUGGCCCCGUGGUGAAGCAGCACCUGCCAACCUUUCUGGUCUCUGCCCCGCCGUUUCCCAUCACGCGACCCAGUCCUAUGGAGAUUGCAUGUCUGAAGGCGGAACCCAAGGGCUGCCAAGCGCUGAAGAACAGAUUCGAUUGCCUCAGCAGCGUGGAUGGAUCCGAAGUGGCCUCCUUUGGGGGAAUCAAAAUCAAAGGUGAGCCGUGCGUGUGGUGUGGUGGUGGCCACUGCCACACGGGCAAUCAUAGCCUUUGCGCACCCUUCGAUUACCUCGAGAAGGGAGCGGGUCGAGCCUUUGAGACGUUGAAUGCUGUGGCGUUGACACCUGCCAAGUGCUCCCUGGACUCCACGAACUUUGGCGACCUGUCUUGCUUGGAGGAAGCUGCGUCGGGGUGCAAUGCCAUCGAUGAUGAAGACACCUGCCUGGCACGGGUGGAUGGCCGUGCCUACGAGCAGGUGGCCGGUUACAAGGUGAAGGGCCAGCCAUGCGUGUGGUGUGGCGGAAUGCCAUGCCGAGACGGAGGUCUGAACAAAUGUGACUGGGCUUGGCAGGAAGGGGGGGGCAUCAGACCUAAGCUCGAGGCAUCAAGGUGUGGAAUUUGUGAGAAACUCCGGAAUAAUAAAUCCAGCAGCGAACCUGAAAUCGGGGAUGGUUUCUACUGCUGGGAAGGGGUACUCAUGAGCCUUGAUAGAGGCAUUCACAAUCAUUCAUUUUUCAAUAUUUUUGAUCUGGGCAGCUUUGAAAGAAUUUGA